AUGAUGGCCCGACGCCGCGCGGCCUCGGCCGAACGCGAGGUCACCAGCCGGGCGAUGCAAUUGUACCACUUCCCCACCAAAACCUCAUCCAAGCGGACGGUGCGGGUGCUGACGCCGAGAAGGGCCUCCAUGUGGGGCUCGGAGCUGCACGCGCAGGCGAUGACGCGAUCCACAAUCAGGCUCGACGUCUCCAGAUACCGCUCUAAAAUGCCAAGCGUCGCCGAUCGGUUAUAG